AUGGACCCCCCGUCGACUUCUCGACUCCGUCGGCGGAGUUUCUUUGAAGGCAUGGAAAGUGAAGGGUCUAGCACUGAAAGUGUCACACUCAAUGAAAUUGAUGUGGCGUCUGUAGCAUCAGUAUCCACUUCGCUCGGCGACAAUGAGAGCUACGGCGUAGUGAAUCCGUUGGUGAAACCAGGCAAAGUGUCUCCAGCGAAGCAAAUUGGAGCUAAAGUAUCAUCUGAUGAUCAAGAUUCUUUGCAAUUAUCUCAUAUUACGAGACAAGGAAAGCAGCGUGGCCUUAGGCUAGUGCAAGACUCAUGGGGUCAAGUACUGCUCUGGCUACAAAUGUUAUACGACAUGUGGGCAAGUAGAUUUCCUAUUGCUGCGUCUAAAGUAGACGAAGUAAGACAAAUGUUCCGAUGGUUGUGGAAAGGACCACCGGAAUGGAUUAAAAAAUGGAAGGGAGACCCGUCAGCACCAAUCAAGUAUUGGGUCUACCCUACUCAUUGGCUUACGUACGCAUCCUUGAGUCUUGUGGUUAUUCAAAUUCUCAUUUUUUGGAAAUUUCAAACAGUGUUCUUUCAUUUACGCGUUCAUGAGUGCGUUUUUCAUGAAAGAUUAUUAGCAUCAGUAAAUUUAAUGCAACCGGUCCCUACCACGCAUGUACCACCUGGAGCAGUAGCAUUGAGGUUCUUAGAACGUCGCUUUGAGCAACUGUACAGUCCCGGAGCACGGCAACCUGGUCAAGCCAGACUUCCGAGGACGUGCUUGGCGAUAAUUCCUACUGGAAGUGAUCAAGCCAUGGCACAAGCUACAGAAUUAGCGUUUCUAUGGCCGAGAAGUCAAGUGGUGGCUACCAAUGCUUAUUCCAAAGUUGCAAGUAUAAUUCAUGUUGCAGUGGGUGCUAGUCCACUUGAACGAGAGACAGAGACACGGAGUGCCACAGAUGGCGUGUUUGCUGCAUUGUUUCCAUUAAAUGCGAUCCGUCCAGCAUUAUUCGCUCCUCGAUUCCCAGAUUUAAUUCUAGUGAAGACAGAGUUUGCAUUGCGACAGAUGCUAAAGUUUCGACAGGAGCAACAAGAAAAACGGGAUCAUAGAGGCAGAGCUGGUGGAAAUCCACCAAGUGCAUUAGGACGGCCCACUUUGGUUGAAAGUGGUACCUCAGACCUCGCACCAAGCCAUUUUGGGGUUUAUCUCCUGAAAACCACGGUGCCAGAUGUAUAUAAUCGAAACAUUCGUAAGAAGUGGGACGAGUUUUUGCAUGUUGUGGUGGUGAGUGACACGGACAAGAAAGAACAAUAUACAGAAGAAUUACUUGCAGCGUGGGUGGCACAUCCUGAGUGGCCUAUACUUCACGUUCGCUUUGAGCAGUCAUUAGCUUUGUGUGGGUCAUUUCAGCGCAUUUUAAGCACUGCUGAAGAUUGGCUACAGCGCUUCAACAAACUUGAGAAGCCGACGAAGAAUCCGACGAAUAAUCUGCUCGAGCGUCAAUCAAAUGUAGAUUUGGUAUGCAGUAAAGAGGCUAAUGGACCGCAAGAAAUCGUGAGGCUUAAAAAUACGAUUGGCAUGCAUUUAUUUCCUGUUCCGCCUGAGUUGGAAAAACAUGAAGAAAAGAUACUUGAGAGUUUGGCUGUUGGCGCUCUCACUGUGACUUAUAACUCACCAAUUAUGCAAGAAUGGGUGCCUGAUCGUUGUGGCUUGCGUGUUGGCUCAUUUCAUUUUGAUGGAUCGACGGGACUAGGAGCUGCUGAGGUAAUUUCUGAAGAAUUAAAGGAAACUUUAGACAAUCCAGAUGAUGGAAACGAUGUACUUGUGAAGCUUCCAACUGUGCGCGUUACAUCAAGCGAUAUUGAACAAGCAAUUACGCAAUUAUUGACGAUUGAUCGAGUAAGUCGUGUGGCAGCAGGACGAGCAGCGCGUGUUCACUACCUUCGGAUACGAACUCAUUAUUUGUCGGCCAUUGCAGCUUUGGAUACCGCUGCUUGUGAAGGAGAUAGUGAUGAUAUUAGUGGAACACAAAGCGAGAUUGGACAGCAUCGACGUAGAAAAGUGGAAGUUGAAACACUUCGUGCUUUUUUGUAUUAG